AUUUACCGGCGCUGACAGGGAAGACGGAGAAAAAUAAACAAUAUAGUUGUUGUUUUGCAUUGAUAUUUUUGAAAAUUAUUUUGUGUUUUCAGUCUCUAGAGUCCUCACAUUUUGGCUCUAAAAACGGAAGGAACUUGCAACAUGAACCUAAACUUCUUACUAACGGAAAUUUCGCUUCAGCUUCUGGAUAACACAUUUUACAAUGUCAAUGGUCAGGAAACUGAUAACAUGAAGGAUUUAUUUUCGGCGCAAAAUUCGGCACAGCAUAAUAAUGGGCAGACAAAAAUGAAUAAAGAUUCUAGCAAUAACGAUCUACUGACGUUGCUAGGAGUAGGAACCUUGGACGAAACUCUACUGGAUGAUGUGAAUAGCUACACCGAAAGCCAGUACCGCGGAUUCGUAGCGAACAUGCGUGAGCGAGUGGAAGCUAUGCCAGGGGGAGAGGAAAGUUCCGGUGCGGUUCGAUCGGAGAUACACGCUGAUCUUUGUGAAGUGCGAAUCAAAGCACGGCGGGAAUAUGUAAAAAUGUUGAACCACUCCAAGAAAAUGAGAGAUAUUUAUCUGGAUGCACUCCCACAUGGUUCGGACAAAGAUUGGGAAUCAGCAAAGUACAACGAGGAGGAGCGCAAUAUGCUGCUGAAUGAGUACAAUAGUCUGCUCUACCUGCUGAAGCACGUCUUGGCGGACGUCCAAGAUCGGAUGCAAUGUGAGCGAGCUCUUCGAAUAAUCGAAGGAGCUAGAGAAACAACGUGAGUUUGUUUUUAUCAUCGCUUUAUUUAAAUAUUGUAUUAAUUAUUGAUUUACAUCUUCGGGGAUGCGAAUUAAAUAUUGUUUAUUAGAGAAAAUAUUGUUUUUCACACGAUUGGCCUACAUGAGCGACUUGAAUAGAUCCUAUUAUUAACAUUGCUUUCGUCGUAAUGAUAAAAAAUGAGGAGGAGGCUCCCUGCAUUACAUAUAGCUAUAAAACAUAUCUAAGUUGAAUCGCUAAGAUCGCUGUUGUGCAGCGGAAGCUUUAUCGGGCUGCCCACUGUAAUCCUUGAUAACGAUUUGAAAAAGUUAAGACGAUUAUACCUUCGAUCACAUAAUGUCGCUAAUAGCGGGUAAUAAAAUGUUUUUUUACGGUUCAAUUUCGUUCCUAUAGCAUUACUUCUAAAUUAGUUUAA